AUGGCUGCUUGGGAAAAGAGAGACGACAGUCCCAGUGAUGAGGGGGCGCUUACACCACCCCCGGCUAAGGAAACCGGGGACGAACCUCUAGGCCCCAGUGCCACAGAAGACGUUGAUUCACCACGAAAAGUUCACGGGGUCAAGUGGGUUCUAGUCAUCUGCGCUCUCCUGUCUGCUCUGUUCCUCUACGCUCUGGACAACACCGUCGUCGCCAAUGUCCAAGCCAAAGUCGUCCAGACCUUCCAUCGGGUUGACCUUGUCCCAUGGCUCGGGGUCUCCUUUGCACUUGCCUCAGCCGCCACAACUCUUCCAUGGUCCAAGGCCUACGGCACGUUUUCCGCCAAGAAGUUGUACCUCGGCUCGACCACUGUCUUCAUGGCCGCUUCGGCACUCUGCGGUGCCGCGCCUGAUAUCAACUCCUUCAUCGUCGGCCGCGCAAUUGCGGGUGCAGGUGGUUGCGGAAUGUACAUGGGCCUCCUGACCCUCUUAUCCGUGACCACCACCAACGUAGAGCGCCCGAAAUAUCUCAGUCUUACAGGUCUUAUCUGGGGUAUUGGAACAGUUCUAGGUCCCGUGGUUGGCGCAAGUCUCGCUGAGAGCAAAGCCACGUGGCGAUGGGCCUUCUACCUAAACCUACUGGUUGGAGCCGUCGUGGGUCCCAUCUACAUCAUUUUGCUCCCUGACUUCAAGCCUCAAGCUGGUGUUCCUCUUACCCAGCGCCUGGCCCAGAUCGACUACUUGGGCUCAGUGCUUUCCAUUGGUGCCAUGCUUUGCGUCAUCAUGGCCAUGAACUUUGGUGGUGUCCUCUGGGGGUGGGACGAAGGCGAAAGUAUCGGCCUGUUCGUCACGGCUGGUGUAUUGGUCAUUCUUUUUGCAUUGCAACAGGUCUACUACGUUGGGACAUCGAGGACAAACCGUCUGUUCCCGAUGCAUUUCUGGAGAAGCCGCACCAUGAUCUGCCUAUUCUUCACCAUGAUGCUUGCAACAUUUGGAAGCUUCAUCGGCAUUUUCUAUCUUCCGUUGUACUACCAAUUCACCCGUGGGACGUCUGCAGUCGAGACUUCCGUGCAUCUCCUCCCAUUCAUCUUGUUCCUGGUUGCUUUCAACCUGCUGAAUGGGCAGUUCAUGGGACGUACAGGAUAUUACUACCCUUGGUACAUCGCGGGCUCAGCUCUGGAGCUCAUUGGCGGUGUUCUUUUGUAUACCGUCGAUGAGUUUACGUCAAACGCCAAGAUUUAUGGAUACACAAUCAUUCUGGGUACAGGUGUCGGUUGCUUUUGCCAAGCCGGGUUUGCGGUCGCCCAGAUGAAAGUCCCGCCGACCGAGAUCCCGUACAGUGUUGGCUUCAUGACCGUUGGCCAGAUGAUAGGGAUUGUCCUCGGCACCGGUAUGUCAGGGGCCCUCUUUGUCAACUACGGCCAGCGCGCUCUGACAAAGGUGUUCCCUCACGUCUCGGCGAGCGAGAUAUCCGACGCUCUCGCCGGAGUGGGGAGCGGAUUAAUUGACUCUGCGACGGCUGGGGACAGAGCCGCUGCUAUCCACGGCAUCACCCGGGCGAUUCAACUGGCGUAUGUUCCCAUAAUUGCCGCUGGCUCCAUCUGCCUUAUUUGCAGUGUUCUUAUGCGGAGGGAGAAGGUAUUCGGUUGA